AUGGAAGAGAGAGACAAGGAUUCUCCAUAUGAAAACAAGCCAAGUUUGUCAUUUGGAUUUUCUAAAAAACUCAACACACGCAAGUUACAAAGCUCCUCUCUUAACGAAGAGAAACUGACAGCAAGCGACGAACAGGAUUUUUUAAAAUCUGUGGAAGGAAAGAAGUUACAAAGUAUUAAACCAAAAGAAGAAGAGAAAGAAUUGGUUAUUCCCUGUUUAGUCAAAAACUCUUGGAGGAAGCCAGUGGAAAAUAAAUACAAGAAAACAACAGAUAAACCAAAAGAAUACACUGGGGCAUUGGAAUCUCAAGCAGUUACUGAACUUUUAGAAGAGGCUCGAAAACAGCAGGAAGAUUGGGAAGAUGUUGGAAAGGUAGACUCUGGCAUAGCUAUUCCUGUGGUGGUUCAGAACAAGUUGCCAGAGGGAUAUGAAACAGAUGAAAAACUUGAUGUCAGUUUACGACCGGAUGAGGCUGAAGCAGCAGACUAUGAACAAGUUCCGAUAGAGCAGUAUGGCCUUGCCAUGUUGAGAGGGAUGGGAUGGAAGCCAGGAGAAGGAGUAGGCAGGAAUAAGAAGUCGUUUCAAAUAGUGGAGUCUGUUCUUAGACCUAAAGGACUGGGUCUUGGAGCAGACAAAAGUCAGGUAUUACAGCUGAGCUAUACCAAACAAGGACAGGCACCACAAGACAAGAAAAGCAGUGAAGAGCUUGUAUUGAAAAAAGGAGCUUACUGCAUGAUACAGAAAGGUGCUCAUAAGGAUUUAUAUGGAACAGUGGAAGGAUUGGAUGACGAUAAUGCCAGAGUAAUGAUCAAACUGACCAUUGGUGGGAAAAUCGCCACACAGAGCCAGUACAGCAUCAAGCUGGUUACCAAGCAGGAGUAUGAGAAGUACUCCAAGUACCUGAAUAAGGGGAAAGUGGACAAAUACAAAGAUGAAGAAGACAAGAAAAACAGAAAGGCAGAGGAAGAAGAGAGAGAUAGACAUAAGCGAGAGGAAAGAAAAAGGGAUCGAGAAUCUGACAAACGAAAAGAUAAGAACAGGCAUCGAGACAGAAGCCCAUAUAUGUCUGAUGAUGAAGAAGAGGACAGAUGUCAUAGAAAACACAAAAAAAGAAGUCACUAUGAGCACAGGUCAUCACCGAAAACUACAUCAUCGUCAUCAUCAAAUGGGAAUGACAGCAGCAAACUAUGGGUCAGACCGCAAAUAAAAGUCCGUGUGAUAGACAGACAUUUUAAAAAAGGACGCUACUACAAUUCAAAGGUAGUUGUAGUGGAUGUUUUUGACAAAAAAAAAUGUGUGGUGAAAACUGAUGACGGCAAUGUCCUGGAGGGUGUUUCUCAGAGCAUGAUUGAGACUGUUGUGCCAAAAUCAGACCCUGCUUAUGCUAUGAUUGUUUCAGGGAAACACAAGGGAGAGAUAGUGCAAGUCAUGCAGAGGAACAAAAAGUCUUGUAUUGCCAUGGUCCAGUUAUUACGCAAUAGGGAUCAUGCAUUGGAGAUUGGAUAUGACUCUAUAUGUGAAUAUGCUGGAAAUAUUGACGAUGUAUUUGAUUAUUAAUGGAUUAAUUCAUGAUCCUCUUGCUGUCAGGACGAUUCUGAAGGGACGAUGGAAAAGAAUUCAACUCAAGAGUUUUAAACAAGAACAGUUCACGAAUGUGUCUGAACUGCCAUAGUACAGAUCUUCAGAUUGCAUACUUUUAUGAUAAAUGAGAUGUAAAGUUUUAUGUAACCAUUGGCAGUCUAAAUAAAACAUGAUACUGUACAUUGAA